AUGUCUCCCGCGCAGUCCAAGAACACCUCCGGUGCGCACUCCGGUCUCUUCCUCGUCCUGUCUCCCGUGGCCUCGUCCAACUACCCCCUCUCUCCGACAUCGAACAUCUCCCCCACCAACGAGCUCGGCUCCCCGGUCAUGAAGCCCGCGGGCGCCGAUGACGUGCAGCGCCACAGGCGGAUGAGCAGCGUCAGCAGCGCUAGCUCCAGCAGCAGUGCGACCGGACCCUUCAAGUUCCUGAAGCUGGGACCAGUCUACAACGGAAAGGGCGACGGCACCGACUUUGCCGAGGCCGACGAGUGA